CACUUAGUUGUUAGUUAGUUUUAGCUUAGCUGGCAGGUUAGAUAUUUCUUCAUUCCGUAUGUAUAUAAUGUGCAGGUACUGCACUGAAUCAGUUUAGUUUUUUCUUUCCACUCAUGUCUAUAGCUUUAGUUAUGGAUUUGGAUAUCUUCUCCUCCAUAAUUCCUUGAAGGUUCAUCAAUGGAGGUUCAUUCUCAUUCUACUUUAGAUUUCUAAUUUCAACAUCGUAUCAGAGCACAACUCUUUUGUUUUCCAUAUUCAUUUUUCGAUCAUUCUCAAUUUUUUGAAUUAAGUUUUGCUCGUUCAAAUUACAUGACCCUAGAAUUUGGGGAAUAUUGUUUUAAUUUGAUGCAUAGUGCUUAUGUACAGAUCAAAAUUUAGAAUUCUUCAAUUCAGUUGUUUUGAAAUUUCUCUAUUGAUUUCAAAGUUUUUUUCAAUCGAGAAUUUCUAGCCCUAGAAUAAUCACAUUAACACUCAAAUCAUGACUGAAACUCAAGCAUCAACUAAAUCAACUGCUGCUACAUUGACUGCAGAUUCUACUAGUCCAUUCUAUAUGCAUCCGUUAAAAAGUGCAGGUUCCACACUGUUUCCAACAGUUUUUUUUAUGGUACAGGGUAUAGAUCAUAGAGAUGAGUUGUACUUAGGGCAUUAUCAUUGAAGAGUAUGACUGAUUUUAUCAAUGGAAAGGUUAAGAAACCAGAUCCAGAGGAUUCCACAUAUGCACAAUCGGAAAGAUGUGAUAAUAUGGUGACUUCAUGGAUCCUCAACUCCUUCGCACCAAAUUUGAGGGGAUGAUUUACAGUAUGUUAAUAAUGCUAAGGAACUCUGGGAAGAGUUAAAGGAUAGAUAUGAUCAGGUAAAUGGUGCGAAAUUGUAUCAACAUCAAAGGGAAAUGACUUGGUUUACGGGAGAAUCGACAUCAUUGGAUAGUACGCAAAGAUGAAGAAACUUUGGGAGGAAAUGAGCACACUUGACACAAACUCUCAGUGCAUAUGUGGUGGAAAAACUAAGAUGCACAAAGCUGAGCAGGAUAGGUGUGAUUCAAUUUUUGAUGGGAUUAAAUGAAGUUUACACUAUUAUAAGAGGUAGUAUUUUGAUGAUAAAUCCAUUGCCUAGCAUGGCACCAGAAUUUGUAAUUUUGUCUCAAGAGGAGAAGUAAAGAGAAGUAAAACCUCACAACCUCACUAUUUUGGAAUCCACCUCCUUGAAUGCUGCUUCCAGUACUCAUAAUGCAACCUUUAGAACAAACUAUAACACAUACAAAGGUGCUUCCACCAGUGGAAGUAACAUGUAUAGAAGUCCUCCCCCACUUGGAAACAACAAUAGGAUUACAUAUCCUCAAAGUAGCUCUUAUCCACAGAACAGGUCACAUCUAUUUUAUGACUACUGCAAGAGACAUGGGCAUACUAGAGACAAGUGCUACAAAAUACAUGGUUAUCCCCAGAAUUUCAAAUUCACAAGAGGAAAGAACACAGGAUCUAUAGAUAAUGUGCAUACUAAUGAAGCUGAGAAAGGAUACUAUGAGGAGAAACAUGAAACCAAGAGGGAAGGAAAAAUGAAUCUGUUAAUGGAUCAAUAUGAACAACUGCUGAACCUGUUGGGAAACUUGCAAUCUAGAAAAGGCCCUUUUUUGAAGAGCCCUUUGGAAAUUGGAAGAAUAAGAAAUGGUUGUAUUUUCUAUGCUCAAAGUGUCACACUUGUUGCUCACCUUCUCUUAGUAACUGUUUCAGUUUAAGUUCUUCAUUUCCAUUUGUUGAUUGUUCUUUAUCUGUUGUUUGUAAUAAGAAGACUCUACCAUCUUUUGCAUCAAUAAAAUACUCUCCUACAAGAAAUA